CUCGUUGCAGCCCCGUUAUACAUGUGCGAGGAUUGUGCCGGGUGGUGCGAGACCCCGCGGGAGACCCCGACCCGGUACCGAAUUUAUUCAUGAUCUCACCGGCGGCGGAAGGAAAACCGGCUCAGCGAAAUAUUGCCAAGUCCACUGGGAGAGGGGCGUCAUCGACUGGCUGGACACAGAUGAUGGGAACGAAAUGAACGAACAAAGGCGUUUAACUGCAGUGUAAUAUUAUUUGCUCAAGGUGCCAUGAGCGGAAUACUGAAGAGGAAAUUUGAGGAGGUGGAAGCCUCCUCCUCCCCGUGCUCCUCCUUGCGGGAGUCUGAUGACGAGGUCUCCUGCAGUGAGAGUGGGGAUAGCGGUGACAGUGUCAACCCAUCUGCCUCAGGCCCUUUCACCCCUGACUCGAUAUUGAAGAGAGAGAAGCGCAUGCGGACAAGGAGGGUGCACUUUGAGAAGGUGACCGUGUACUACUUCAGCCGGCGGCAGGGCUUCACCAGCGUGCCCAGCCAGGGAGGCAGCACGCUGGGAAUGUCCAACAGGCACAGCUGGAUCAGGCAGUACUCCCUCGGGGAAUUCGCCGUGGAGCAGGAGAGGAUUCACAGGGACAUGCUCAGGGAUCACCUGAAGGAGGAGAAACUCAAUUCUAUCAAACUCAAGCUGACUAAGAACGGCACGGUGGAGUCCGACGAGGCCAACGCGCUCACGGCGGAAGACAUCUCCGACGACGACAUCGAUCUGGACAACACAGAGGUGGACGAGUACUUCUUCCUGCAGCCACUCACCACUAAGAAGCGGCGAGCGCUGUUGCGCUCCUCCGGGGUAAAGAAGAUUGACGUGGAGGAGAAACAUGAGCUGCGGGCCAUCCGGAUGUCCAGGGAGGACUGCGGCUGUGACUGCAGGGUCUUCUGCGACCCGGAGACGUGCGCCUGCAGCAUCGCAGGGAUCAAAUGCCAGGUGGACCGGAUGUCAUUUCCGUGCGGCUGCACAAAAGAGGGCUGCACCAAUUCCACUGGGAGAGUGGAGUUUAAUCCCAUCCGCGUUCGGACCCAUUUCUUGCACACCAUAAUGAAGCUGGAGCUGGAGAAGAGCCGUGAGCAGCAGCAGGCGCCCCCCACCAACGGUUACCAUGGCGAAACCAACGACCUGGGAGGCGGUAACCCCCUCGCCCAGUCGCAGCACAGGUUGGAGUACUCGCUGUCAGAUGCCGUUCCACAGACCGCCAGCGUGCACCUGCAGGCUGCGGACGAGAUGGAGGGGCCGAUGGACGACGACGAGGAAGAGGAGGAGGAUGAAGAAGACGACGACGAUGACGAGGAGGAGGAAGAGGAAGAGGAGAACGAAGACGAUGAGGAGGAGGACAGUAGUUCUGUCCUUUCUGAUUCCAGCACCCAAAGCUUAGCCAACAGCGACUCUGAGGAUGAGGAUGAUGAAGACGAAGAGAAGUCAAAGAGCUCCCAGCGGGACGUAGCGGCCCCGCCGGUCUCUCACGCUGACGUCGUGCCCUUGUCCUCUGUGUUGUGUUACAGCAACGUGGCUCACGAGAACCACAUGAACGGAAACGCUUACUUAAUGAACUCCCCUUCAGCCGGGUACCAUCAGCUGGGGAGCUCCAGCGCCGUCUCCGGCCGACCCAGUGAACCCAACGGGGAGGCCUCAGCAUUCCAAGAUCCAGUCACCACUCACAGCGCCGCCGCCGCCCGAGAACCGCCCGACAUACCCGCCGAGCAGCACACGGACUACUCCGAGCACACCGAGGAACAACGCGCGGCUAAUCGCCAUCUCACGCCGCCCGACGGAGCUCCCGCCGCCGCCGCCCCCUCCACCCGCUGCGCGUCCGAUCAGGAGAAGGAGGCGUUUUCCAGAGCUGCUUCCGCGCAGCAGCCGGCCUCCCAGAACGAGACACAGUUCAAAAACUACUCGAACAACAGCACGCGGCUUUGUAGGGCGGCUGAACAGCCACGGCAGGAGCCCGUCGCCAACGGCACUUCUGACCUGAGCUUACUAGGAAACGACACUAAGAGCCUCCCGCUACCCGACCCUUGCCCCGAGGUCACAGCCAUUUAGUGGGCAUCACCUUUUGAAGGGUUCUUUCAUCGUCACGUCCUCGCUCGAGCCUGACCUAGUGGUAUUUUUAAUCCGACCAUAGCAAUUUGCAGCACUAGCGAGCAUUUUCAUCUGUAUCUAUAAAGCCAUAGGAUCUUGGUGAAAAUAUUCUAUUAUUUGUUCCUCCGCUACAGCGUGUACUGAACUGCAAGAUCGAACAGAUUUCUUUUUAAACAUCAGUCCUGUCAUGCUGUGCAAUGUAUCUUGUAAUUUCAGAUGUAAAGUUCUAGAUUUGAGGAGAUAUUGUACUGUAGAUGGAGCUUUUAUAUGUCUACUGUAUUCGUCUAAAAGGUUUAUUGUCAAUUUAUUUAUUGUUUCUGAAUCAUGUGUACCCUUAAUGUAAAUGUUUUGAUAACAAUAUGCAUGCUGUUUUGGGAAUCUCAGUGACAUUUAGGAAAAAAGAAAAUGCCAUUGUUUUAUAGAAAAAUGUGUUGUGUACAUAAUGUACAUUUUACCUCUUUUUUGUUUCUAUGGUUUUUAAAAGCAUGAAAAGCCUGAAUUCUUAUUUUGAUGUUUGGAAUACAAUAUCUAAAGCAUAAAAUGUCAAGAAAUCAAUCCACCGCCUGUUGGACUUAUGUGUGGGGGUCCAGUGGCAUGCAUUUGGUUUGAACUAAUUGAUACUGUAUUUGAACAAUGGAAAGAAUAAGGCCCCUCACUUGUGUUUAUUUUGUCUCCACUGUUCACUCCUUAAAAAAUGAUUUGCAGGUCCUGCUACAAAUACAACUGAAUUCUUUGAGUUCCAUUGAAACAGGGAUAUUAAUAAAGUAGCACUUUGACACAAGAUCUUCAUUAAAGUGGAAAGGAACUUCUUUAAUGUGAUGGCACUUGGUAUUGUAAUUAAAGCACCAUUAGUUUGAAAAUGUGCAGACAGGGGAAGCUAGUGUUCAAGGUCGACAAUCAACACUCAUUAAUAAACAUGAUUCACAUGAGUAAUUAACAGCUACAGAAUGACUCCUGAUUCUCACGAGUCACGGAUGAGGACUUGACAGUCUGAUGUGAGAAAAAUGUUUACCAAAAAUCUAUGAACAACCUUUUACGAGAUCUUUAAGCAGUCACAGGCGAGGAGGGCGACUCAACAAUUGGGGGUUUGCAAUAACGUAGCGAAUAGUGAAAUAUGCUGCUGAAGUUCUUUCCCCCGAGCUCUCUGUUCCUGCAUGAACACAGAUAUUUGUCCCUCUUCCAAGCUUGCAAAUAUCUUGCCCAUACUUUAUAAUUAGAAAGAUUGAUGCCAGAGUUCUGAUGGUUAUGUUUGACUGUCGAGUAGCUGGGACCUCUCAUGCUACUGCAUGAUUCAGAAGAAAUAUUCACACUGCUUUCAGGCAAUCAGUGGCAUCAACGUAGCCGGUAGCUCAGAUCAAUCGUGCCAAAGCGUACAUUGUGAGAUGUAUGGAUACGUGACCCUGCAUCCAUUCAAGACUCCUGUGUUGGCUUUUUGUUUUCCAGUAUUUAAUAUGAAUGAUAUAUUGAAAUGUGUAUUUAUUGUGGUUUACUAUGAAGUCUGUAUUGAGUAAAUUGUUACAUGCUGGUUGUGAGUUGUAAAGCUUCAUGUGCCUAAUUUAUUCAUUUCUAUUUCUAAUUCUGUAAAAUGCAAACGUUUGCACAAAAUGGUAAAAAUGUUUUCAAUGUAUUUGGUUUUCCAACUGUAGAUAGAGCAAGUCUGAUUUUCUGUUUCAUUUUUAACAUGGUUUUGAAAUACAUUUGAUUAAAACGACGAGCAGUCA